AAUAAUGUCCCAUCCUCAGAGAUUUUAUCAUCCACUUAACAUCUCGAAGAUAUCAGAAUAAAAAAAAGGAUUUGAAGUUUCAGCUAACUCAGCUCACUUUCCUAAGUCAGUUCAACUAAAAUGUUCGGGGUACUUGAAAUAUCAAGUUUAACUGUGCCUGACUAAUCAGUUCAAUCAGAGUAAUUCGGCCCCUGAAAAAAUGCAAACGAAACCCCACACAGCCAUCAAGGGCUGUCCACCUCCUACAGCGCCAUGUGCCACAAGAAACUUUCAUCUGGGAGGAAGAGCUAGCAAGGUUUUAAAAAUGGAAAAGUUAAGAAGAGGGCAAAGACGUGGCUGUCCAGAUUUAUGGAUGCAGGAGGAGAGGACAAGAUAGUUGCUCAACUCUCAGGUUUUGGAAAUCUUAAAAAAAAAAUCUCUCGGAACAGCCCCAUGUGGAAAACCUUGGCAAAGAAAAUAUUUAAUGACAAGUCUGUAAAGAAAAAAAAAAGAAGUGCCUGUACAGUGUAUGGUACAGUGACAGAAAGUUUAUCAGAACAAGAGCACUGUUGAAGCAGAAGAAAAAGAAUCUCUGCUUUUCAGAAGAUUGAAAAUGAGAAUAAUGAUGAUAAGAGGGAAAGUGACACUGAGGAAAAAGCAUUGGAGGAAAGACCCCCAAAAAAUGAGGAUGAGGAGAACAGAGACACAAGGUCUGAGAUUAGGGAGAGACACCAAGAAACGGGUCAAGUUGACACAGAAAUGGAUCAAGAAGGGACCACAGUGGACUCCAGUACUGCAGAAAACAGUACAGAGAGUGAAAGUCGCAUCACAAGAGAGUAUAGAAAUACAUGCCACAAUGCAGGUAGUGUUGAUGCUGAAGACGUCACUCAGACCAGGAACAGUUGCGAAUGCAACACAUUGCAUUCUGGGAAGGAAGUUGUACAUAAUAUAUAGAAUGAAGAUGCAAAAAGUGCUAUAAGUAGGAACAGUGAAAAUGACACUAGGGUUAAUGUUGAUGAUGGUGAAUACAUUAUUUUGUGUUUGUAAACAGCCCAAUAAUCCUAGUGAGCCAUAUGCUCAGUGUGGUCUGUGCAAGGACUGGUUUCAUCCCGUUUGUGUUGGCUACAAAAGUGUGGAAGACAUUGCUGCCAUAUCUCCAUGGUACUGUCCACCUUGUAGCAUGGAUGACAAGGCAACAGACUCUGCACAAAAGGACAAAAUAAAGAGGAGGCUAUCAUUUGGAAGAGAACUACCUUGCUCCCAGCAGUUUUGUGUAAACCUGACAAGGGAGGAAUGGUCUGCAAUUAAUCCGGACGAUAGGGAAGGAUACAGAGUGUUGAAGAAAGGUUGGACUGACAUUAUCAGCCAUAAAAUAGCUGUAAACAAAUUUUGUGUACUUUCAUUCAAAAGUAAUAAAAUAAAAUGUAUUAAGAGUCGAAAGGCUAAACGGCCUUAUUGGAGGGGUAUAGGCUGUACCAGCUAUUUGCUCUCAAUUGCUGAAGAUCCUAACAUUACAGAAGGUGAUAUAAAUGUUCAUGUCACAGUCCAGGGAGAGGUCUGGCAUAGCUGUGAUGAACAACACACACAACACUGUCGGAAACCUGAUCGCCACAAACUUAAAGGAAAACUUGGAGAAUUUACUCCCAUGCUUGUUCACACAAAGCAGCUGGCCAAUGCAGAUGAAGAUAAACUUUUAGCAGGAAAUGUUCAGGAUGUGAAGUCUGUCACAGUUCUUCAGAAGAUAUCAAGUGAGAAGAAUCUUCGAAAUCGCUUGGACAGGGAUGUGUUCAUGGAGUGCUUUGAACUGCAACAAAAGCAGGAUGUGGAAAAACCUAGCUCCAAAAUCAAGCACAGUAGUAUCCAGUAUAUUGUGAUGUCUCCGUUUGUUGUGCAUUCCUAUUCUGAGUCCCAGCUUCAUGUUCUUCAAGAUCUACAAAAGAAUAAAAGUUGUUUGCUGUAUUUGGAUGCCACCGGCAGUGUAGUUGCAAGACCUCACCCAUCCAGUCCACCAACACUCUACUAUGCGCUUUGUAUUCCAUGUCACUCUACAACCAAAUCUGUGGCUGAAAUGCUAACAUCUGAUCAAAUCACUGCAACAAUCCUGCACUGGUUGACUUGCCUGCGUAGAGACUACUACAAGCUGUUUAAGAAACACUUUAAGCCCCAAAAAGUUGAAACUGAUUUCAGUUGUGCCAUGAUCCACGCAGUAGUUCAGGCAUUAAACAUCAUCAGUGUUCAGGAAUACGUAAAGCUUUGCUUUCAGAUGUGCAUAGAGCAGCAGUCAGUGCAGCUGACAAUAAUCUACCUCUGCUGCUCACAUGCUGAAGUUGAUAAGCAUGAAGUUGUCCAAGAUGCAAUGCAAAAAGGACACCAACAGUUUUUUAUGUAGUGUUUUGCACUCCUGCAAAAUGCAACAGCAUUUGGUCAGAUCUUGUCAAUAGCAAAGUGUAUGGUGCAUGUUUUUUAUCAAGGACUGACACUGAAGGGUGUCAGGAGCAUCUCUCAGCACUGCAGUAUGCCAUACAGACACAGAGGACAGGCAAUAUCGAGUUCGAAAAUGCAGAUGAAGACAAAAAAAUGGCUGUUUUUGAACACAUGCAAAAAACUCUCAUAAAGUCAUCCCCUUUCUAUGCUCCAUUUGAAGGGGUUGUCAGGCAAGCACAGGAGGAAGCAGGGAAGGAGGAUGACACAGAGGGAGCAGGACAGCCAAAUCCUCACUAUUGUGAGUCACUUGUUGACAUGAUUCUGCAUUAUGCAGGUACUCUUCCUCUUUGGACAGGUGUUCUGAUGGCAAGUCUGGGCAAAACCCAGGACAGCAACGAGAUUGUUGAGAACUGGUUCCGCACGACCAAAAUAGUCAUCUUAGCAUCCAAAUUACAUGGAAGAGCAGGAGAUUUUCUGCAGCUAACCCAUGAGUUGUUGGCAGACCGAAGGGAACGGCAUUCAUGGCAAAACAGGUGCCUCUAAUGAAAAACUCUAAA